GGUCCCUUCCUUCUCGACUUGCUCGCACGUCUAGGUUACAUUAACUCGGAGCUACGAGGACGGAGACCAUCCAUUACGAUGGAGGAUGUUUUCGUUCUGUGAUACGUUAGUCGGCGAUUCCAUCGGCUUAUCGACUCGGCCGGCCGCUGAUUGUAAGUCAGACGACGCUGCUUGUGCUUGAUCGGAGAGCAGUUCGACAGCUAUAAUUAUGGAUACACGAGGCAUCGAAGUCACGAAUCAGCUCCGGAGCGCCAUUCGUGCCAAGCUUAUGGAGCUAGGAGUCCGCUACGAUGAGGAACUGCCAGACUACAUACUGGUGAUGGUAGUGAACAAGAAAUCUCGUCAGCAGAUGCACGAUGAUCUGAAUCUGUUCCUGGAAGACUGCACGACUGCAUUUGUGGACUGGCUACACGACCAAGUGCUGAAGAAACUGCAGAAGGUCACUGUGGCAAAAAAGAAAUCGUCCCGUGAAUUUGUGCCCACGGUGGUGGUGAAGCAGGAGGGCGAGAAGAAGAAACGCAAGAUAUCCGCGACCUUGUUCUUGGAAGAUCAGCCGGCAGAGCAAACCACUGCUGAGAGGUCCUCACAGGACAAGACUCCGAAAAACGAUAAGCAACAGACCAAGUCAACCGUGCCCAAUCAAACCUUGGAGCAAAGUAGCAACAAGAGCACUGAGAAAAACGUAAAGACUGUGUGUCAGGAAUCCACCGCGUCGAAGAGGCCGCAACAGACUUCGACUCGCGACGACAGUAUGACAAAGCAAAUCGCCGAUGCAGCGGAGAGUUCCGCUACGAGGGUAGUCGUGGAUCCGCAUCAAAAAUCGGACGAAGCAUCGAGCAAGAACUUGAAGAGAUCAUUAGAGGCGUCGAGUAGCCGUCACGAAAUCAGUGCGGAGAAGAGGGACAACGAGGCGAAGCGGUCGAAGCCGAGCGAGGAGGAGAAGGAGGACUCAGCCACAUCGUCCCCAGAUACGACAUCGAGGAAGCUCAAGUCUUGCGUGAACAAGCCAAAGAUCACAUCGGUCGUGUCGGUGAAAAAUCGGCUGGGUGUGAUGUCACCGCGGAAGAAAUUCGAGACCUACCGAGAGAAGGAGGGCAAUGGUCGUUACCGACCAGUGGAAAGGCGGUUCGAGAAGCCGCAUCGCUACGACGGUAGCCGCGGCAGGAACAGAAAUUUCGAGGCGGACGAGCGAGGCGCCAGGCGGAACCGCGACGUCGACUCGUCGCGCCAUCACGAGACGGGCAAGCUGAACGACAUCCGGAGUCGCAUAGAGAGCAGCAAGAACGAGAGACUGAGCAAAAGCUCCCAAGAGUCCAGGGAGAGGACUCAGAGUUCCGGCUCGAAAGCAGACCCGAGUGCGAAGAAGCUCGCGUGCACCAUCAAGGAUCGCCUGGGCGUCGUCAAUAAUAAAGUGCAGAAGCAGUCCGCCAAGUCGCAGGAGAUUGCGGAUUACAGGGGUAACCAGAAGUGUUCAAUCUCGGAGCAAGCCGGCAACAGCAAGAACAUCAAGGACCGACUGGGCCCAUUGAGAAACAGAGUGGGUCAAAAGAAGAGGCAGUCGCGCAACGAAGACGAACCUCCAAACUCCUUAAGUCUUAGCGUCGAGGUGGAAAGAGAGGAGGAAGAGGACGAACUGGACAACGACGAUCAGUCUUCGGGUCCCGUGAAGUCGCACAUAGUCGCCGUGAACAGACCCACGUCUCACGGUGUUGCGCGGAUCGAGAAGAAACGUUCGAAAGCGCCGAACGAAAUGGCGAAAUCGCAGCUGGAUAAAACGGACAGGGGCGCGUCUAGCGACGUGGACGAAGAUAUCGAGGACACGAGAUUGUCGAGCAAAGUGAUCGUCACGCCAAGACCGUUGAAGCCGCUACAGCCGACGCAGAAACGUGCGACGCAGUCGCUUCUGUUGCGAGCGGUCGCGGAGGCGAAUCAGUCGGUCGUGACGCAGAAAAAUCCAGAGCCGUCUCUAUUGGACAAGAAGCCGGUCUUAAAGCGUCUUAAGCCUGCCCCGGCUCGUGAUGUAAGUCAAAACUUGUCGGUACAUUUUAAUUCUAGUAAGAGACUGGUCAUGGAAAAGAUCCAAGUCGAAUUGAACACGGUAGAUAAUCUGGAUGCGGAAGACACCCAGCACGAGCCUUAUGUACCCCAAGCGAUAAGGGACGAGCACAUGGGCGUCGUGAUGUCGUUGUUUCAAAGAAGCGACGACAAUCAGAAAUUCUUAGUUACUCUGAACGGAUACAAUAACAAUCUCAUGAAAGAGAAGCUCGGCUCGGAAGACGAUGACGAGCAGCUGGAGAUGGAGGUGAACGAGGAAGACGAGCUCGCGCUGUUGCCGACGCAAAGCGAGAUGGGGUAUGCAACGGUGGCAGCGAUGACGACGACGACGACCUCGCAAAGCGACCUGGAGAACACAUUCGGCACGACCACGGAGGGAACCGAGGACGACACAGACGCUAGUCCGAAGGAGACGAGCGGCGAGGAGAACAAUGAGAACUGCAACACGGAGAACUUAGACAAGACUGACGAGGCGCCGCGGAAGCGGAGGAAACUCAGUCCCAUAAUAUACAACCGAUCUCACUCACCGAGUCCCACACGGCUGAAAUCUAACGCGUCGAUACUGCCGACGCCGGUGACCAAACUUGCAGAUAAGCGACCGUUGGCGGAGAGCACGGUAGCAACGACGCACCUAGACAAAUCCCGAGAGAAUUGCAGGUACUGGCCAAAUUGUACAUUAGGGAACAAAUGCGCGUACUUUCAUCCUCCAAUGAUGUGCAGUGCCUUUCCGGCGUGCAAAUUCGGAGAUAAAUGCGCCUAUAGGCAUCCCAAGUGCAAGUUCGGUCUCUCCUGCACAAAGCCGGGCUGCGUGUUCUCCCAUCCCACCCAACAGUGCAAGUACCAUCCGUUCUGCACGAAACCCGCGUGCCCUUAUUCCCACACGGUCACUCCCAUUCCAGCGGCGGAGGCGACGAGCCAGCGGGCGAAGUUCACUUGGCGACGGCGAGACUGAGUGCACCAUCACCACCACGGAUGUAGAAAUUCGAGUAUGUCGUUCUAACGGAGUACCCUAGAUCGCGAUUUAGAUCCGCGAAUGAUUACUUUGUACAGUUAAUGAUGGCAGAAUGUAUCUCGCACGAGUCUUGAAGAUCGUUCGAUCUCUUCGUUACUUCGUGGCUCGUGACGCAUUCUCUAAUGGUCUAUAUCGUCGUUCGACGGUUUGUGUUCGUUAAUUUAUUAAGGAGUAGCAUAAGUUGACGUGAGAUCAUCAUAGCAAAAUUAAUCUGUCGAUUUGUUGACAAGCGAGUGUUCGAAAGAACGCCGAACGGCUUCAGUCACGGCUUGUUAUGUCGAGUCACAGCUUCACUUUCCUUUCGAUGAUUGUGUCCGAUCAGAAUAAAGAUGCUUUGAUCGUUUAAGGCUUUAGACAGUUAAAAUCAAUUUUACUUGAACCUUGGGGAGGGGGAGAUUCAUUUUCCUUAAUUUAUAUAUUGCCUCAUUAAAAUUAACCGACCUGUUCGACGAUUUAAUCAAACUGAAAAGUCUGAUCUUAAUUAAAUCAAGUAAUUCGACCAAAUUAAAGUACGAUUAAUUGUUGGAGCUUUAAUUAAUUCGCUACGUUAGAUCACUGAUUUCAUCCUGAUUAUCUAUUUUAGACUUUAAGAUCAUUUGCACCAGCAGAGACCAAUUGUGAUUUAUUUCUUCAUACAUAAUUUGUAUUCUAGUUGUAUCUAUAGCGCGUGUGAAACGGAAGAAAUUUUCGUUAAAAGAGCUAAUCGACAUUGAUGUAACUAGCCCUAAGGUAAUCUUAGAAUUCGUUUUUUGAUGCAAGAUUGAUCACGUUAGGACAAUCUUGAUUUACAUGCGUGUCAUGUAGCAGUGCAGCGUCGGUUCUCACGUGGAUAUGUUCGGGAAUACGUCUCCAAUCAUGCGCUUCUAGCAUAUAUUGUCGCAUUAUAUAUAUAUAACUAUAUAUAUAUAUAUAUAUAUAAAGAAAUAUUUAUAAAUAAUAAUCAGAGGAAUGAUAAUUGCAUCUGCUCUUUUUAGCUACUAUUUUUCUUCUUCCUUCUUCCUUCUCUCCAAGUGAACAAGCGGAUUAUAUUUUUUUCAAUUUGUUGAGUCGAGGAGAGUACGGCUAAAAGGAGCAGAUUCCUAUCAUGCAUAUUUUGUGCCGAGAGCAAUGGAAUAAGAACAUUAAGCGAGAGUGCUUGUGUAUUGCAGAUACCUACAUCUUGUUAUUUCUCGAGUCUCUGCGGCAAAUCCCUUUUACUCCGAGAUAUAACUGUAAUUACGAACCGACCAUCCCGACUUCAUCUAUCUUUUAAGCUCGGCCACGUUUAUGUAUAUUUACACAGAUUGUAUAGGACCGUAGAGAACGAAGCGUAGCUCCGCGUUAUUAUUAUUAUUAUUAUUGAUCUAGUUUUAGUGAAUCGCAUAUGUACAAUAUUAAUCGAGAUGUGAGUCAUUACUAUUAGAAAGACAAAUGCACGGUGAUUUCUGUAAA